GUUGUAACCAAGAUCAAUUGAUUGCGAUUUCUAAGUGGGGUGUCUAUCGAUAAGCACCCGCGCUUCCCUAAUUUUAGUUCAGGUGAAGAAAACCCACUUUGUUACUAGCUUUUGCCGAUAACACAGGCAAGAUCGAUUGCAACGCCCAAAAAUUUACAACCGCCUUAUCGAACCCCGUCCCUCUUCGAAUCAUUUUUCCCACAUACAUUUCCCUUUCCUCUCCUUAGGUACGGAAUACAAACCACAACAACUCACAACCACAAACAAUGGCCUCAAGAACGUUAGCGCCCAUGCGCGCCGCAGCUCGACGGGUACGCACAAUAUCACUUUCCCAAAAUCAGACUCAGCCAUGCAUCCGGACUUUCGUUAGCACUUCCAAAACGAUGGCUACUUCUUCGUAUUCCAAACCUUCUACGGGCACUAGUACUACCGCUUCUUCAACACCGGCGGCGAAACCCAGCGCAAAUGCAUCGUCGUCGCUCCCCUCGGAAACCCGAAUCCCCAUCCCCCCGGUCUCGGGCGAACCCCUCCCCGACGCCAUAAGCGGCGAGGAGCCCGCGACCGGGAAGCCUAUCGACUGGACGCAGUCGUACCACGGCCUCGGCACCUCCGCCUUCUCGCCCGAGACCGCCGCCGUCCUCCAGGCCCGCCUCCACCCCGACGACAUCGAGGUCAAGCCCGACGGCAUCAUCUACCUCCCCGAGAUCAAGUACCGCCGCAUCCUCAACGCCGCCUUCGGCCCCGGCGGCUGGGGCCUCGCUCCCAGAGGCCAGCUCAUGGUUCACGAGAAGCUCGUCACGCGCGAGUACGCGCUUGUCGUGCACGGCCGAUUCGUCGCCCAAGCCCGAGGCGAGAUGAGUUAUUUCACGGAAGAGGGCGUCUCGACGGCAGCCGAGGGGUGCAAGUCCAACGCGCUGAUGCGGUGCUGCAAGGACCUGGGCAUUGCGUCGGAGCUGUGGGACCCGCGCUUCAUCCGCAAGUUCAUGAAGGAGCACGCCAUGCAGGUCUGGGUCGAGCACGCCGCUACCAAGAAGAGGAAGCAGAUUUGGCUUCGUAAGGACGACGAGGUCCGCUACCCGUUCAAGAAGGUGUAAGAGUUUUUUUUUUGCUGGUAUAAAAAAAUAAAAACCGCCCGCCGAAGAGGAUCAUAUGCGUCCUGAGAUAUAAAGACGUUGCCUGAAGUAAAGCGUCGGGGUUAAGUUUUGGGUGGUGUGGUGUGGUGUGGUGUGAAGAGGGAACAUUUGUACGAUAUCGAGAGGUGGGAAAAUAUACCCCGAAGAAUUAUACACUCCAGACACCAGACACGGGCAGGGGGAAAUAGGCUGACUACCCAGGUACCUAACAUGGUCCUCGCCCUAAGCCAGCAAGUGCAUAUAUGGCUCUACCAUGUCACGUAUAUUAUUAAACCUUCACA